AUGACCAAGUUGAAAAUAAUCUUGUUCCUAGUUGUCUCUUUUGGGCAAUUCCAAGCUCAGCAGCAAGGAAAUACCGAGGUAGUGCGAGUAUUCUCCCAGCGUCUCCCGUCUCCAGAAGACACGGCGUGUCCACCAGCAAAACCUUGUGCUCCAGGAGUCAUCGUUCCAGUAUGGCAACCAUCUGAAAACCUGUCCGAAUGUAAAAUAUGGUUCCGUGCUAUAGUGUACCUUCUCGUUCUCGCCUACCUAUUUUUCGGUGUUUCAAUUGUGGCUGACAGAUUUAUGGCAUCCAUUGAGGUCAUCACUUCCCAGACCAAAUCUGUGAAAAUGAAGAAGAUCACCGGUGAGCCAUUCACCGUCCUGGUACGUGUCUGGAAUGAGACAGUCAGUAACUUGACAUUGAUGGCUCUUGGCUCAUCGGCUCCGGAAAUCCUGCUCUCCGUUAUUGAAAUUUGUGGAAAUAAUUUCGAAGCUGGAGAACUUGGACCAUCCACAAUCGUCGGUUCGGCCGCGUUCAAUUUAUUCAUCAUUAUUGCAGUUUGUAUUAUGGCGAUUCCAAACGGCGAGAUUCGUCGCGUUCAGCACAACGGCGUCUUUUGGGUUACUGUAGUUUGGUCUACAUUUGCCUACGUUUGGUUGUACUUGAUUUUGAGCGUGUUUAGUCCGGGAGAAGUUGAAGUUUGGGAAGGAGUCCUUACUUUUGUUUUCUUCCCGCUGACAGUGGCGUCGGCUUAUUUCGCCGACGCACAUGCUGGACAGUUUGGACAGAGACUCAUCUCGGGACCACUCUCCUCGUUCGUCCGCCGUUCUCCACGUCGUUCUCCAUCCAAAAAGACCCAUGAAAACGCAUUGGAAUCUGGAAAUGGAGGAAUUCCAGGAGAUCAAAAUCAAUCGCUGAUUGGAGGGGACGCUGAUGCAUUAGCUUUCGAAAUCCAUCGACGUCACUAUUUGGAUAUUUUCAAGCAGCUACGUUCGGAGCAUCCCGAUGCUCCAGUUGAUGAAUUGGAGAAGCAUGCCAUGGAAAAAGUUGUUGGCGAACAGAAGAAGUCAAGAGCCUUCUACCGUAUUCAGACAACAAGAAAAAUGAUUGGAAGUGGAGACAUCCAGAAGAAGAUGAAGAAUAAAAAGGGAUUGCUCGAACCUUUGGUUGUUAAACAGACAAUGGCUACGGUAGAAUUCGAUCCACCACAUUAUACGUGUUUGGAGAAUGUUGGAGACGUCUACUUGACUGUGAAAUGUGAUCGAGGAAACGUUCCAGAGGAUACGACGGUUACUGUACAUUAUAGGUUUGUGACAACCAUUUUUAACACAAUUUGUUCCAGAACCAUCGCCGAUACUGCUCAAGAAAACUCGGAUUUCAUGCCAGCCGAGGGGACAAUCACUUUCGAGCCCGGACAAACUGAACAAAAAAUCAAAGUCGGAAUUGUGGACAACGACAUUUACGAGGACGAUGAGCAAUUCAUGGUUCGGCUCUCUCAAGUCCGCGCCUUCCGUUCUGAACACUUCUCCGCCGUUCCUUGCCGUCUGGGACCAGCCGCCACAGCUACAGUAAUCAUUGUUGACGACGAUCAUGCCGGAUGCUUCGGAUUCGCUUCCGAAAAAUUCAAAUGCGUUGAAUCCUGUGGAUCGUUUGUCGCCGAAGUCAUUCGAUCUCGCGGAGCACGUGGAGAAGUCUCAAUUCCAUACAAAACUAUCGACGGAGCCGCCAAGUCACCACAAGACUACGUUCAUCAGGAGGGUGUGCUUAAAUUUGAUGAUGAGCAAUCGAAGUAUGUAUUUUUCCUAAACUUUUUGAUUUUUAAUUUUAAAAAUGGGUUUAGAGCCGAGAUCUACAUUCCUAUUACCAAUGACGAUGAGUAUGAAAAGCACGAAGACUUCUUUAUAGAGUUGGGAGAUCCAAUUUGGCACAAGGAGAUUAAGGAUGAUGUAAGUGAAAAAUCAAAAAAAGAACUGAAGAGAGAAGAAGGAGCGGAAGGAAAGCCAAUUUUGGGAUUUGCCAGAUGUAAAGUGGUUAUUACCGAAGAUCGAGACUUUAAGAAUUUCGUCGAUAAAGUUUUGGUAACAGCAAACACUUCUAUCAUGGUUGGAACGUCGAGUUGGAAGCAACAAUUCACUGAAGCUCUGACUUUGGAGCCAGAAGAGGAAGGAGGCGAUGUUAGUCUCCAGGAGAAGAUUAUGCACUACGUGGCACUUCCAUGGAAGUUGCUGUUCGCGCUGAUUCCACCUACCGACUAUUUUAAUGGCUGGUGCUGUUUUGUGGUUGCUAUCAUAAUGAUUGGAGUUCUGACUGCCUUCAUUGGAGACAUUGCUGCAGCUUUUGGCUGUACCGUCGGACUCAAGGACUCGGUUACCGCGUUGACUUUGGUCGCUAUGGGAACCUCACUUCCAGACACAUUCGCUUCCCGUACCGCCGCUGUUGGCGAUCAAUGGGCGGACGGAUCGAUUGGAAAUGUUACCGGAUCUAACGCCGUCAACGUCUUCUUGGGUAUCGGAAUCGCUUGGAUGAUUGCGGCGUGUGUUCAUGCUUACAGAGGAACAAAGUUUUUAGUCUCCACCGGCUCCCUGGCCUUCUCCGUGACCAUGUUCCUCAUCGGCUCCGUCAUCUGUGUCGCCCUUCUUCAAUACCGACGAUUCAACCGGAAAAUCAACGGAGAGUUGGGCGGUCCGACGUCGUGGCGUGUCAUCUCCGCCGGCAUUUUCGUCUCCGUCUGGCUCCUAUACAUUCUUUUGAGUACACUUGAAGCAUACUGUGUUAUUAAGGGAUUCUAA